AUGCUGUGGUUUAGGCCAGCAGCUCUUGCAGGCACCUGGUGGGCGGACCCGCUCGGCCUGUGCUUCGGCUUUCUGGUGCUCAGCUACCUGCUCCGCCUGGUCUUCAGCACCAUGGUCUCAUUGGUGGCACUGCCCUGUGAGGACCUGCUGCGCCAGGAGCUGCAUGAGCUGAAGUGGAGCCUCCCGGAGCAUGAGUGCCUGUCCCAGCUGCAGGGCGAGCAGGUCCUGGGCCAGGUGCUGGGCAGCAGCCACAGCCUGUUGGUGCUCAGCAAUGCCUCCGGCCACUGGAACCUGGACUUCAGGUCCGCGCUUUUCCCCAGCACCUUGCUCUCCACCGCCAGUUAUGGCCACACGGUGCCCUUGUCCGACGGGGGGAAGGCCUUCUGCAUCAUCUACUCCAUCAUCGGCAUCCCCUUCACCCUCCUGUUCCUGACAGCCGUGGUCCAGCGUGUCACCAUCCACGUCACCCGCAGGCCUGUCCUGUAUGCCCACAUCCGCUGGGGCUUCUCCAAGCAGGUGGUGGCCAUUGUCCACGCCGUGCUCCUGGGGUUCGUCACCGUGUCCUGCUUCUUCUUCAUCCCGGCGGCCGUGUUCUCAAUCCUGGAGGACGACUGGAACUUCCUGGAGUCCUUUUACUUUUGUUUCAUUUCCCUGAGCACCAUCGGCCUGGGCGACUAUGUUCCCGGGGAAGGCUACAACCAGAAGUUCAGAGAGCUCUAUAAGAUCGGGAUCACGUGUUACCUGCUCCUUGGCCUUAUUGCCAUGUUGGUGGUUCUGGAAACCUUCUGUGAACUCCACGAGCUGAAGAAGUUCAGGAAGCUGUUCUACGUGAAGAAGGACCGGGACGAGGACCGGGUGCCCAUCGUGGAGCAGGACCAGCUGUCGUUCUCUGCUGCUGACCACACCGACGUGAAGGAGGGUCAGAAGCAAGACGAGCCCUUCGUAGCCCCUGCCCCGCCCACCCAAGGCCAAGGCUCCGCAGACCACUGACCACCUGCUUCGGCGCGGGAGGGGCCUCGCUUGUCCCUCUUUAUGAGAAUGAAAAUGAAAGAGCCAAAAUGAUACUUAACAUAUAUCCACUAUUUGUAAUAUUCAAAACAAAACAAAACAUUUAGAGGAAAUGGGAUGUGUACCUGUAGCUCAUGUGCGACAGAAUUGUCCCGAUUGGACUGCUAGGUGAGGAGCACGUGACGGGCUGCCGUGCGCAGGAGCAGGUUUUAUACUUUUCACUGGGGGCUUGGGGUUUGCAUUGAAUCAUUGGCUGACGGCUAAAUAGCAACAUUUAUAUUUAAAAGCAAAUAAAAAGCAUAGAGAUUUGUUUUAUAAGCAAGUUUAUGAGUACUGGUUUGCAUGUGCCCAUCCAGAAUGAUUAUUUUUGUAGAACCUAAGUUAAAUCUAUUUAUAAUGAAUAGGUAACCAUUAACUGUACAUACCCGGUGUAAAUCCGUUUAUAUCCUGUACAUACAGUUCAGGUCCCCAUAUCUCAGCAAACUUCUUAACCCAAGAGUGUAGAUAUUUUUCUUGUGAUUUCUCCUCGUACUAAGGAUUCGCGAGUUGCUGCAAUAUAGUGAGAGGAAUAUUACACGGAGGAGUAGGUGCCUGUGGUGUUCUGCUACAGUAGAUGUUCUUCCCUCUUGCAAUAAACAGUGUGCUACCAGAUGUCUAAGAUGUUCGCACGCAUUUUCCGGGAGGUGAGCAGGUCAUGUAGAACCAUCUGUAGGACAGGUUGGGGUCUGUUUGGAAAGUGCAUUGUCACCUAGCACUAACGCGCGGAACAUGACCAUAGACGCCCUGAGUGAAGACAUUCUGUCAAAUUCAU